AUGGAAAAUAUAAUGUUCAAUAAGGAUCAAGAAAUGGAGUCUUCUAGUUAUAAAGACUACAACUCACAAGAAGAUUUGUUUUUAGUUCCAGAACCAAAACGGUCAAACGAUCGACAUAAUUCUUCCGAUCCAUUUGGAAAAAAAAAGAAGGAUAAAAGUAAAAAACAAAUCGAAGCAGAAGAAAGAGAAAAAAUGAGAGUCCUUGUAUCCAACUUCACCGAAGAACAAUUGGAUAGAUAUGAAAUGUUCAGAAGAUCGGUGUUUCCUAAAGCAGCAAUUAAAAGGAUUGUACAAACCAUUACUGGAAAUUCUGUUUCUCAAAAUGUUGUAAUUGCUAUGUCGGGUAUUGCAAAAGUUUUUAUUGGUGAAAUAGUUGAGGAAGCUCUUGACAUAAUGGAAGCUCAAGAAGAUUCAGGACCAUUACAUCCCAAACACUUAAGGGAAGCUGUGAGGCGGCUUAGAAAAACUGGAGCUAUUCCAUCUUCCAAAGGUAGAAAACUACCGUUUUACAUUUAG